AUGGGCUCGCCGCCGCCGGUCGAGGACCAGGCGCGGCUGUUGGAAGAUGCCCUGAGUGUCGUGCGCCAGCAGACGACGCUGAUGCGGCGAUGUCUCGAGACUCCCGGCAAGCUGAUGGAUGCGCUGAAGUGCAGCUCAACCCUCGUAUCGGAACUGCGCACCAGCAGUCUAGGCCCCAAGCAGUACUACGAGCUGUACAUGUCCGUCUUCGAUGCCCUGCGACACCUCUCCGUCUACCUCCGCGAAUCACAUCCCGUCAAUCACCUCGCCGAUCUUUACGAGCUGGUUCAAUAUGCGGGCAACAUUGUACCUAGAUUGUAUCUCAUGAUCACGGUGGGGACAGUGUAUAUGAGCAUAGAGGAUGCACCGGUCAAAGAGAUCAUGAAGGACAUGAUGGAGAUGAGCCGUGGAGUACAGCACCCAGUCCGAGGUCUCUUCCUGCGAUAUUACCUGUCUGGCCAAGCACGAGACGCCCUGCCUACCGGAGAGGGAGAUGGACCCGAAGGCAAUCUGCAGGACAGUAUAAGCUUCAUUCUGACCAACUUCGUUGAGAUGAACAAGCUUUGGGUACGACUGCAACACCAGGGACAUUCACGAGAACGAGAGCAACGAACGAAGGAACGGCAGGAGCUGCAACUACUGGUGGGUAGUAAUCUUGUUCGCUUGAGCCAGCUGGUCGAUCUGGAAAGCUACAAGAACGGCAUACUACAACCUCUGCUGGAGCAAGUGGUGCAAUGUCGGGAUGUGCUGGCGCAAGAGUAUCUGCUAGAGGUUAUAACACAGGUCUUCCCUGAUGAGUUCCACCUACAUACCCUCGAUCAGCUUCUGGCGGCGACCGCGAGACUCAAUCCUCACGUCAACGUCAAGCAGAUUGUCAUUGGGCUUAUGGAUAGACUAUCGGCGUAUGCGGCACGAGAAUCUGAGACCAAGACGCCCGAACAGCGGCAGAAGAUUGAGGACAAGUCGGUGACUUCUUUGCUGGAGAAGCUUAAAUUGUCCAAGGAGGCUGGAGAUGCAGAGCCGGUCAAGCCGACAGAGAACGGCGAAGAGGUUCAUGACGAGACAGCCCCGAACACAGAAGAGCCAGCUUCCUCCGAAGCAGCGGAAGAGACAUCCGCCAAGGACGAAGAGGAACCGAAAACGAACGGCCAGAAGCACAAUGGCAUUCCUGCGAAUAUCAAACUGUUCGAGAUCUUCUACGAGCAAGUGGUGCACAUCGUGGGUAUGCAAAGACUACCUAUACAAGAUAUCACCCCGCUACUGGUGUCCUUGGUCAAUCUGGCUCUCAAUAUCUACCCCGAGCGGUUGGACUAUGUCGACCAAGUCUUGCAUCAUGCAACGAAAGAAGUAGCACGCUUCCAGAACUCAGCCGACCUCCACUCACAACAGGCACAGCAAAGUUUGCUUGCCUUGCUUCAUGCUCCGGUCAAGGCAUACUUCUCGCUCUUCACAGCUCUAGCGCUUCCAAGCUUUGUACCUCUUUUCCAACAGCAACCAUAUCCAACACGGCGAGCGGUGGCAGGAGAAACAGCACGCAACAUCCUACGGAACGAGACCAAGAUUACGAGCCAAGCACAUCUCGACGGCGUGCUGUCAAUCUUGUCUGUAUUGAUCAAAGAAGGCAUGCAGCCAUCCUCAGGCUACACUGGUGCUGCUGCCAGAAGAAACGCCAUUGAGACUGAAGAGACUGUCGAAGAACAAGGCUGGCUCGCGCGGAUAGUCCAUCUCAUCAAGGGAGCGGACAAUGUAUCACAGUUCAAGCUGCUUCAAACAGCACGAAGCGCAUUCCAGGAAGGAAACGAACGGACGAAAUACACCACACCAGCAAUAAUCACACAAUCUCUCAAGCUUGCCCGCUCGUUCAAGCGAAGGGAACAUCUAUCGAGCGACGAUUACUCCGCGCAGUCCUCGGCGCUCUACAAGUUCAUCCACACCACAAUCUCCGCACUUUACACCAGGGUGUCAUCGUCUGGCGUUCCGGAUCUUGUGCUGCGACUUUUCGUGGCUUGCGGUCAGGUUGCGAGUCAAUGCGAAAGCGAAGAUGUGGCAUACGAGUACUUUGCGCAAGCCUUCACUGUCUACGAAGAGUCAAUAUCGGAUUCGAAGCUGCAAUUCCAGGCCAUUUGCAUCAUCUCAGGUGCACUCUCGGGCUGCUCGGAACGAUUUAGUCGGGAUAACUACGACACUUUGAUCACGAAAGCAGCGCUGCACGGUAGUAAGCUACUCAAGAAACCGGACCAGUGUCGAGCUGUGUAUCUUGCCAGUCACUUGUGGUGGUCAGUCGAGAAGGCCGAGCAGCCAGAGGGUGUCGAAUCGAAAGAGCCCUACCGCGACGGCAAGCGUGUGCUUGAAUGUCUACAACGUGCACUACGAGUGGCCGACGCUUGCAUGGACACUGCGGUUUCCGUGGAGCUCUUCGUUGAGAUCCUCAACCGCUACGUCUACUACUUCGACCAAGAGAACGACGCAGUCACGACGAAAUACCUCAAUGGCCUGGUCGAGCUCAUCCACAGCAACCUUAACACGACGGAGAACGCGAGUGGACUUGAACACCCGAGAAAGCACUUCCAAAAGACACUCGACUACAUACGGUCGAGGGAGUACGAAGGAGUUGUGACCACGGCGAAGUCAUAG